AGGGGCGUAAGCAAAUGAGGGGGAAGUUGGGCGUUGAAAGAGCGGCGUUGAUUAGCGAAUCUGGAAUCACCUGGAUGAAAGUCCACUUGUGAUUCGUCACAAGUAGAUCAAAGCCUUUGUGGGCUGGAACUAGCCGGACUGAGAGGUGUGAGUAGAGGACCCGGGAGACUGGGAGCCAGGAAACCCAGGAGGGCACAGGAGCCCAGUUACCCGAGCCCCAGAGACAGCUCGUCACCCGCCUCCACAGCAUGGCUGGCAUGGUGCUCGGCGUGGGGGCUGGCGUGUUCAUCCUGGCCCUGCUCUGGGUGUCAGUGCUGCUGCUGUGUGUGCUGCUGUCCAGAGCCUCCGGUGUAGCUCGGUUCUCCAUUAUUUUCGUGUUCCUCGGUGCUCUGAUCAUCACAGCAAUUCUGUUGCUCUUCCCCCGAGCCAGUGAACUCCCAACCCCUGAGGCUGAAAUGAAGAUCGUUGAUACCUUUUUCAUUGGCCGCUAUGUCCUGCUGGCUUUCCUCACUGCUGUCUUCUUGGGGAGCCUCUUCUUGGUUCUAGUCCAUCACAUCCUGGAGCCAGUCUAUGCCAAACCACUUCGGUCCUACUGAGCAACACUCAAGAAGACCAAGACCUUUCCUCCCCUCGCUUUGAUAUCAUCAGUGAGCAGAAAGGUACUGUUGGAACGUUGUCUUGACAGCAUUCAUGCUUAAGAUCAGAGGAACAUCUAUUCAUCACUCAGACAAACCCCUUGAGUCCUGGCUUCCAGAAACAUGGUUGCAGAAUUGUCCCUGGGAUCCUAGGAGAAAUAUUGCUGUCUUCUUAACACCUGCACUUCAGGUUUUCCAUCUCUUUUGAGAGGGAAAUGGCAACAGUGUCUGCUUAGAUUUCAAUCAGGCCAUCAGCAUGUGGAUUUUGGGAAAAGGAGCACUUUGGUUUCUGCUGUCCAAUAGAAGAACCUGGUCCUUUUUGAUAAUAUGUAAAAUUCUUAGUUAAAAGGUCAAGAUCACUUGGAAAAGAAAGGCAUUCAAAGUUGAAAAGUUCAUUUUAAAGGGAUGACCUGGGAACACAUCCAGGUGCUGGAUAUGGAGCUCUCUGUGCAGACCAUGCCUCAGGGCUCUGCAAAGGCCAUGUGUCACCUCUCACUGUUCCAGGAAAGCCAUCAACAGUGGCCGAAGGACUGCUUUUCACCUCAGACUCCUGGCCGCAGCUUUCUGAAUUUAGCAUUUCGAGUUUACUUGGGGAUUAGAAGCAGGGUGUGGAAAUGUCCCUUGUCUGUCCUACUGCUCUGUCUCUCUGGAUUCUUUUUUUCCUAGGAUUGAGUGACCUUUGUUGCCUUAUUUAGUUACCAUAACAGUCCAUUCUGGGUUAUUGUCAUCUCUUUCAUCGUUGUAGCUCUUUCUCCAAAGCCAGUGAGGAAUGUAUAUUCCCGGGAUUAGGCAUAACUUUAUACCUAAACCCCAGACCAAGUGAAAUCUGUCAUUAAACAGAGGGGCUCUCGGCUGCUUCCACUUUGGAAGUCUCAUUGUGGCUCCCUAGAGCUAUUUGAAAAAGGAGAUUCUGGCUUAAAAUUAAGAACCAGAAAACAAUUGGAAAAAGAAUUUUGAUUGAGUACAUGGUAUAUGCCAGUAGUACACUAGUCUGGGUUUGUUUGUUUGGUUGGUUGUUGUUGUUGUUUUUUACACAGAUGUAGAUGACGGACUUCCAUGUUAAGGGCAAAAACGUACUUUGUACAAAGUGUAUUUUAGCUCGGCCUGCCUUCUGUAGCUCCUGUAACUACCAGCAGUGGUGAACUGAAUACUAGAUCAAUUUCUACCUUCAUACUCAAAACAGUCAUGUCCAACCCUGGGGGAAAAAAAAGCAAACCCACAGAGUUGGGAUAAGAAUAAAAGGCUGGGAGGGCACAAAGUUAAUUUUACUGAGUUCUGCAUGGGGCACCCUGAUAAUCAAUAGAUAAUAUUGGCACCCUUUUGUUCAUGGCCUUCCUGGAGGUAGAGCUUAAAUACAAAUAGAUCGUCUCAGUUUCCAUUCAUUGGUCUUUGAUCAAUGCCCCUAGAGCUAGUUGUGCUCCCCAGAAGGGAUCCUGUGGCAAAGAGAUGUAGUGAUCCCACAGGGGAAGGGAGAGUAAAUCUGGGCCUCCAUAUAAGAAAACAGGUAGGAGUUCCUGUCAUGGCUCAGUGGAAGCGAAUCUGACUAGCAUCCAUGAGGAUGCAUGUUCGAUCCCAGGCCUUACUCAGUGGGUUAAGGAUCUGGCACUGUGGUGAGCUGUGGUAUAGGUCGGCAGCUGUAGUUCCAAUUCAACACCUAGCCUGGGACCUUCCAUAUGCUGCCCUUAAAAAAAAAAAAGAACGAACGAAAGAAAGAAAACAGGUAAUUUCAUUGCCUCUUAAAAUUGUAUCCUGACAAAACCAAAUCAGCAAGGCGCCACCCCCACCACGGAGACAUUCGUCUGAUCCGCUAGGUGGCGCUGUGCUGCAUUUUAGAAGGCCCUCGGGCCAGCCAAACAACGCUAGGUUCUUUUUUAACAAGUUCCUUCUAGCUCUCAUAAAAUAGAAGUAAAGCUAACGUUCUUUACUGAUGCACGAUAUCGGACAUCUAAAAAUUCUCCAAAGUUUUUGUACAAUGUUCAGUUACUAGGGAAUGCACUGCCCGUCCUCCACGUGCAUAGAGCAGGCAUUACCAUUCAUUCCGCCUUUACUGUGUUUACUCUGGAUGUGAAGCCUCGUCCUGGUGCUGUAAAUCACCCCAAGAAGGAGGCUCUGAGGCUCCUAGGCUGUUUCCCUCACUCCAUCCUGGGAUGAAAAUGUUUUUAAUUCUAACAUAAUCCAUUUCUUGUUCUGUUCUCUAAGACAUAAACUUUUCUAUCAACUGUGUCUCUUGCUGCUGCUGCAGUUGAAACAGUUUUAUUUUGCUCUGAUUUUUAUUUGUGUGUAAAGAAACCUGCUGCAGUUAUUUCGUAGAUGAGAAACAGGCAGAGAGAUAAAGAGAUUUUAAAAGUUUCACAGCUAGUUAGGUAGUGGGGCUCAAAUUUGACAAUGGGAUCUUGUCACCUCAUUUCUCAGGUAGUUUAAAGAGCAGUUUUGGCUUUCAAACAACUCCUUAGUUUUACAUUGGGUAAUACUAUUUCUUAGCUAUUUGCACCCACCAUUCCCCUGACCCAUAUCCAAAAAAAGACAAAAGUUUCAUGAAAGAAUUCCUCAUUAACAUUUAUAGUACAGAUAACAUUUUAUCAUAACUUCUUGGCUUAAACCUUUAAGUAUUUGGCUUUAUUACAUAGGAGCAAGGUUCCAGAGCGGGGAAUGGGAAUUGCAUAGAAGAGAAUCUGAGGAAAUGCUGAUUAUCUUCUCAGGAGCAUAAAAGCUCAGGGUUGGAGGGCAUUUUAUAGUCCAUGGAGUUCAAUCUUUAGUCUCUAUUUCCAUCCCAAUACUUCAGAAUAUCCUAUUCUUUACAUGCUGAAAUCACAAUUUUUUUUUUUUUUUUUUUUUUUUUGUCUUUUUGUUGUUGUUGUUGUUGCUAUUUCUUGGGCCGCUCCCGCGGCAUAUGGAGGUUCCCAGGCUAGGGGUCGAAUCGGAGCUGUAGCCACCAGCCUACGCCAGAGCCACAGCAACGCGGGAUCCGAGCCGCGUCUGCAACCUACACCACAGCUCACAGCAACGCCAGAUCGUUAACCCACUGAGCAAGGGCAGGGACCAAACCCACAACCUCAUGGUUCCUAGUCGGAUUCGUUAACCACUGCGCCACAACGGGAACUCCACAAUUUUAAUUAUAUUUAGCAAACAGGUUAGACAUUUUUCUAAGGACUUUGUAUUAGAUAAUCCUCGUAGCAACCGUGUGACAUAAAUGCUGUUAAUACCCCCAUUUAACAAAUGGGGAGUGGGCACAGAGGGGUGUGGUGGUUUGCUUGAGGUCACUCAGCUCAGGGUUAAAUAGUCAGGAAGGCAGGUAGCCUAAGUGCCUCACUGCCUCAUACCCUGUUGCUUUGUAAGAUGAAAACAAAGGAAAAGGAGGGACCAAGGAAAUACUGAGCAGAGGCUGUUGAGUCUAGUGGAAAAUCCAAAUGGGCCAGGAACCUAGGGCAAAGCAGUUAGAAGCCACAUGGGACCUUGGGGACAGCCUCACUGGUCAGCUCUGGUUUGGGGGUCUCUGCAUGGUGAGACUUUGGCUCCCCCCUCGAUUAGAGAUCCUCAGCGAGGGAGCUUGUGGGCUGAGUGUCAAGGAUGCAGGCAGCAAUCUCUCUCUUCAGCACUGUCUUAAUACUUGGGUUAAUACUUGGGUUGGUUUGCAGAGGUGUGGCUGGAAGAGUCAAAGCCACAAGCCAAGAAUGCGUGUUGGUUUCUUGACCUCUGUCUCUAGCAGAGCACAGUGGUGGCUGUUUACUCAAGCAAAAAGUGUUUGUAACCCCCAACUCCUUCCCCACCCCUCCACCCCCCACCCAAUACACCCUCCUGCCUCAGUUCCUGGGACUAAAGAAGUGACAGCAGGGACCGAAAUCAGGACCCAGCACCACAGAAAAAAGGAGAUAGUUCAUUUUUCUGGUUUUCCACACACACAUUGGAUAUUGUCAAGGAUGUGUUUAGCCCAAGUCCUGCCUUCAGAGAAGUCAGGGGACUUACACAUGUGGCAUUUAUGGGGUCCCCGGCUGCUCCAUGGCCACCUUCGCCACUUGUUUUUUAAAUCUUUGAGGAUUUUUUUGGUUUUGCUGUCUUCAAAUUGGUAUAGCCCCCAUUUUACACUGGGAAUAUUUAAUAGUAUCCUGUGACAAAUUACCACAACCUCAGUCGUUUAGAACAAUGUAAAUUUAUUAUCUUACAGUUCUGGAGGUCAGAAAUCUGAAAGAGGUUUCAUGAAGCUAAACUCAACAUUUGGGAGGCUUGAGGGGAGAAUCCUGUUUCUGUGGCUUUGCAGCCUCCAGAGCCGCCUGUAUUUCCUUGGCCCUUCCUCCCUCUUCAAAGCCAGCAACCUGACAUCUGACACUUUUACCUCCUUCUUUGAGUAUUUAAGGACCCUGUUGAUUACUCUGGGCCCACUCUGACCAUCCCAGAUUAGCUCCCCAUCUCAUGGUCCUUAAGCACAUUGCAAAGUCUCGUUUGCCAUGCAGGAUGCCAUAGCCACUGGUUCUGGGCAUUAGGACAUGGACCUCUCUGGAGGAGGGACAAUAUCCUGCCUCCCACCAAAUAUGUGGCCCCCAUCUUCCACCUAUAGGGACUGCCUUCUCUACUCUCCCUCUUCUGUACCCUGCGCCUUUUUAGACAAGGCCUGCCCCGAGCCACCAGCACUACUCUCCAGUUCUCAGGGUGCCCACCCGAUACCCAAGAUAUGUUGUUUCCUUCCCCCCAACUGGGUCUUUGUGGCAGCCUCAGCGUGUUCAGACCUACCGAGAACUGCUCUCCCUUUCUUUUCUUUACAUCUUCCCAUCCCACCGCCACCCCCCUCAGCAGCCCAGCCUCCCAGUGGAUCUCUAAAGGAGAAAUGCAAAGAGUUAUUGCUUUUUAAUUACAAGUGCUAUUGUAACAUCUAUAAGGAAGAACACUUUAAGCUUAAUUGAGAACAAAUGUGAAGUUAAAUUAAAUGAAUAACUAAUUAACGUAAUGCUCCUGCAUUAGCCCCGAGUGAGUGCUGAGGCCCAGAGAAGAGGCGGGUCCUAGGCCUCCAGGGACAGUCGAUGCCCAAAGCUACACAGGUCCCUGGGCCUGGGAGACAGGUGGGCAGAUCUGCAAGGGCAGACCUCAGGGCCAAGCCCCCAAACACCCACCUACAGCCCCAGUCCUCAUUUCUGAGGCUGGGCCCCAAGCUCCCCCCAUGCCCUUUGCAUCUCCCUAGCGCCACGCUGAACCACUGGCACAAGCAAAUGUCUGGUUCAUCCAGGGUGUGCAGAAUAAGCCCAUCAGGAACACAGGGGAGAAGAGGCCAGCUGCAGAGAGCCAGGACCUGCACCUUUGUUCAUCUAGUCCCUGUGCCUGAUGUGUUAGGGGCUUGAUACCGUGUUCGUUUUAACUCCCUGGUCCACGUCCCCUCACUGCCUUACCAGACCCAACACCCAAAUCAUGUUCAUUCUUCCUUCAGGGCAGUCACAGUCAUUCCUCUGUUGCCAUGGGGACUGCCUUCCUGCCAGCCCUGUCCCUUCAGGGACAAAUUCUCUCAACCUGAGUCACCCUCCUCGGUUGUUUGUUUUUUUGUUGUUGUUUGUUUUUUUUUCCUUGUAUUGGUUUGAACAUCUCCCUCUCCCUGUCUUAUCCUCUAACUAGACAAAGCCCUGAGGGCAGGGAGGGUGUUUAACACUGACAAGUCUCCCCUGACAGGAAUCCUCUGAGGUAGGGACCGCCAUUACUCCUUUCUCAGGAGGAAGAGGCUCAAAGCCAGUCCAUGGUGAGGCUGGGGACAAGGAGGCCUCCAGAAUGGGUGCCCAGGAAAGAACAACACCCCCCUACCCUGCCCCUGAAAGUGGGCAGGUGAGGGAGUCUCUCUACCCACUGGAAGCAGAAAGGGAGCCCAGGCCACCGCCUCUAGCAUGGGAUGAUGGCGCCAUCUAGUGGCCUCCCUGAGUGAUGCUGUCAGGUAGACCUAGUCUUGAAAGAUGCUUUCCUGAACCUGAACACCUUGCCAUCCACUGCAGCUCUGCCCUGGAGGCCUGAGGAAUUAGACAUCUCAAGUGGCUCCUGCUUUCAAAGCCAGAGUGGGUUUCAGGCACUUUUGAGACUGUCACCACCAGCAUCUAUACAGUCUGUUUCAUUGUGGUGGGAUCUGUGGUGGCCAUUGCACUGGCCCACACAGGCUCACCCACGGGUCAUCAGUGUUGUCACGACCACCUCCUCUGGUCCCCGCCAAUUGCAAGCAGCCCCAACUCUCCACCUUUGUGGUCCUGGGAAGCAGCUCCAACAGCCCACAUAAGACUUGACAAGGAUGAGCACAGACACCUCUGGCAAAAGACAUCUGUAUUGAUGCUGCUGCCUUUGAGGCAGCCAGAAAUGCCAAGAGCUAGGCUGGUAAAUCCAGGGAUUUGGGGCAGCCAGAACAAGCACAUCAGGAACAGGAGGAGAGGAGGCUGGCUGCAGAGAGCCAAGACCUGCAUACGGAACAGCUGCACCCUCUAUCCUCUAUCCUUGUCACCCUGGAGCCUGCGCUUAGGCUGUCAGCCCUUUUUCUGUGUCCACUGUCUACUCCAUCCUAGGGCAGAGCCGGCAAACAGUGAACACCCGAGAGCCACUGGCACUUCAUUACCAAAAUAUUUAAUACACACACCGGUACUUUUGGUCAUUUCCCCGCCCCCUUCCCCCACAGCACUGCCCGACAGGCCAUCUUCCCUGGAGACACAGAGGGCUGGGACAAGAGCCAGGCAAGGCAGCCUCACUCUCAGGGGCCGCACAGGCCCAAGCCCAGGAGUGACGCCUCCCUUGCCUCUCUCUAGUCCUGGCCCCAAAAGAUACAGCAAUAAUGCUCUCAAAAUGGGUCAGCAGUUAGAAGCAGGAUCAAAUGGAGGGUAGGGGGAGAGGUGCCGACAUGGGGAAACACACGGAGAACACUGGUUUGUGGACCAGGGACAAGGAGAGGCUGGGUGGCUCUCAAAGACCCACUUGUGGGUACAGCUGAUUACGGAGGUUCAAAUUUAACACAAGAAGGAGAGACACACUUUUUCUAGGCCUUGGCCUGGCCGAACCGUCUCCUUCUGUCUUGGGAGCUGAACAAGCAAGACUCUGAGCACAUCCUUGUUAUACCACAGAGGAGACACCACUCAGCCCUGAACCCUAUUCCUUCCGCUUGCCGCCUCCAGAGCUCAGGCCUAUCUUGCUGUCGACAUAACCGAUACCAUCUUAGGCCCUGGUUUCUCCUCUCCUUCUGUGGCCCCUACCCAGGACUCUAGUGUGCAGUAAAACACUUCUCUGUCAUCAAAGCUUUGUGGUUAAUAGAUAUUGUUGAAUAAUCAUUAGGACCGGGGAGCUUCUAUGCUCUGUUAGUCCCCAAACAAUGAUGGAAACCUUCCCUGACGUAUUCCCGGCACCCACGGGGCUGGUUACCCAAUCUUAAAUCCUAACUCAGGAAUGCAUGUCCUGCUUCUAAGCACCCGCCUCCCUAGCCUAGCUUAACUGUAAAAUCGCCCCAAUGGCCCCUGGGACCAUGCGCACGGUGCCCAGAGCAUCGUCCGCCCUAUCCUUGUCCCCAUCCCACCCUGUGAGGAAGUGACCCUAUAAUAAACUGACCCACUGAUUGCACAGA